AUGGCGUCAAAAUCAGUCGGCAACCUUCUCACGCACAUCUCGAGGCGGAAAACGGGCACCGUGGCGACUCUCACCAUCUCCCGCCCGGACAAGCUCAACGCCCUGUCCUCGCACAUCAUGAGGGAGAUCCCCAAGACCUUGUCCGAGGUGGUGCAGCAAAACAAGGACCUCCUCGCCAUCGUGCUGACCGGACACGGCACCAAGGCGUUCGUCGGCGGCGCCGACAUCAACGAGAUGGCCACGCUGACCACGCCCGAGGUCGGCCGGGCCUUCAUCACCACCAUGCACCACGCCUGCAAGUCGCUGCGCGAGUGCCCCGUUCCCGUCAUCGGGCGUCUCAACGGGUACACGCUGGGCGGCGGGCUCGAGCUGGCCGUGUCGUGCGACUUCCGCGUCGCGAGCCGGAACGCCGUCUUCGGCAUGCCCGAGGUCAAAGUGGGCGUGCCCAGCGUCGUCGAGGCGGCGCUCAUCACCAGCCUGAUCGGCUGGGGGCGGACCCGGCGGCUGUUCUACCUGGGCGACAAGAUCGGCGCCGACGAGGCCGAGCGCUGGGGCCUCGUCGAGAAGGUGGUCGAGGACCAGGAGAAGCUGGACGAGGCCGUCGAGCAGUGGCUGGUCGAGCUGGAGGAGUGCGGCCCGCGCUCCAUCAAGAUCCAGAAGGAGAUGAUGCGGCGGUGGGAGAACGUCACCAUGGAAGAAGCCAUCAGGAACUCGAUCGACUUUUUCGGCCGCUCGUUCGAGACCGAGGAAGGCAGCGGCGGCGUCUCGGAACCGCAGAGGAUGACUCGUGAAGUCCUGGCGAAGCUGGCCGCGAGGAAGUCAAAGUUGUAG